UAAAGCGCCGUGUUGAGUAGUGGGAGCUCCGUUGUGGAGGCAUAAACGGUGAAAGUUUCUGCUGUCUUCAAUCCGGAUUCCCGUUUUCCCUAACCAUGACAGUUAUUAGCCUCAGCCUUCAGCUUCAUCCCACAACCCCGCUCCUGUGCUAGGGGAUCUGGGGCCAGGCAUGGUACUGGCAGCCAAGAAGUGUUCAUUCAAUGGCAGGAAGUACAGCGCUGGCCAGACAGUAGUGGCUGCAGUAGAGGCAUGUGCAGUGAUCAUGUGCCAGGCGAGGCAGAAGAAGGGCAGGUCGACGAGGCAGGUGGAGCUGGCACUCUUGCCUCUUCCCCUCUCCCCCUGCACCUGCGCCAUCACCUCCAGGGCCUCUAAGGACUCGAGGAACCUCCAAUUACCAACUGCCUCUCGUUGUGCUUUUAGACACACCUUAUUAAGUCGCCACAAACUGAACUUUGUAUAUCAUCACAGGCAAUACAAACUUAACUGGAAAAAAAGGAGAAGGUUGAAUAGAAAGAGGGCGAGGAGUAGGAAGAAGAAAUGUGUGUAUAAUAAACAGAAAUAUGGUGCUGGUACUCUGGUGGUGAAAUUAUCAGAGCGUUGCUUAUAUCUGGUCUGCAGGAAGACCUCCGUGGGGAGCGAGGUGGCCCUACAGUUCAUAAGUAACUGUGUUUGUAGCGAUAAAGCAGACCCCGGUCAUGUAAACGGAGCGUGUAAAUACGCCAAAAUCACCCCAGAACACUCCAUGUGCAAGCAAAAGAACACCACGUGCGGAAUCAAGCAUAAAGGGGUCACUGAAGCAGAGAAAACCAAGAUUUUACAAGCACACAACCACUACAGAGCCAAGGUGGCAUGGGGGAAGGAAGAGCGAGGGAACCCUGGUCCUCAGCCUCCUGCAGCAAACAUGAAGGAGUUGAUAUGGAGCGAUGAGUUGGCACAGGUGGCACAGGCUUGGAGUAACACUUGCCCAAGUGAUCACGACUGCCGUGAGUGCCGACAGUUGCUGACCCGAGACUACUACAUCGGCCAGAACCUCUAUUGGUCAUGGGGCUUCAAUGACAGUGAGGAGUGGAAUUUUGCCAUUUCGGCAUUUUACAAUGAAGUGGUUGAUGUACCAAAUUCCCUGGUGAACAAAUACCAAUCCCUGGAUCUACCCAGACCCAUUGGUCACUAUACGCAGCUCAUAUGGGCAGAAACACAGGAAGUCGGUUGUGGUGCUGUAUAUAAUGGUCCUUGUAGCUUUGGCAUACUCAGUUACAACUCCUGCAAGACAUACGUAUGCAACUAUGGCCCUGCUGGAAAUUUUUGGGGACAUUCAAUGUACAAAGUGGGCCCAGCAGCUUCACAGUGUCCUGGUGGAGUAUCUCUUACUUACAGUGGCCUUUGCAAGUGA